AUGGCCAUGGACGCGUUGAAAAACAUCUCGUCGAAUGUGCCAGACUGGUUGCAGAGGUUAGGCGAACUAAGCGGCCAAAUCGAACAGCGUCAGCUCGAACUAGUUGCUCUAGGUGAGGCCGACAAGGCCGCCCGAUCCAUUAGAAAUCGCGGCUCGAACGAGUCGCUAUUGAAGAAGGAUGACGAUGAGGUCGCGCACCCGAACGCUCGACAGGAUGAUAUUCUACUUGAUAGCGCGCCUGGAUCGGCGCCGCCAAACCAGCCGACCGGCGCGGGAGUAUCGUCAACAAAUCCUGCCGUGACCUCGACCGAACUCAAGCAGCAGACGCAGCGUGCCAUGGCAGUGGCUCAAGCGCACGCCAGAGCUCAAGUCCGAAAGCGCCAUCGAUCUCAAUCCAUCGUGUCCGUCGAAGGGAACCCCGCAGCCUACCGGUCUCGGAGUAUGAUUAUUGUCUAUUACGACAGCUACGUCGAAAGCUUCUUCGAAGAACUCGUCAAGUUUGUCUCGGCCAGCCGGAAUCUCAUGCGAAAAGCUAAGAUGGCGGCGAAGGUGGCGCAAAUCAAGAAGUUAGCAGAACUUGACAACCAAGACGACGACGACGAUGACGAUGAUGACCCUAACGCCCCCUCGACCCCUGCCAUCACUCAGGUAUCUCAGCAGUGCCCGCUCAUCGGCACUAUCUCCUGCGUUUGCUCGCCGAGGAGCGAAGGGUAUGGGGGCGAAGCUAGCGAUUUCUAUGAUAAACUCGACAAGGGUCUUGAGUAUGUGCAGAGCAUGUGCGAAAGGGCCGCGCAUCAAUUUUUGCGGGACGGCGACUGUAACGAAGAAAUUGGCAAUAUCUCGAGGCGCUUGGGAGAGACCAAGGAGCUUGCGGACAAGGAGAUGGAGAGGAUCAAGGUUGAGGAACCAGAGCUCGCCAGUGAAACUCUUGAAGCACCCAAAUUUCGAACCCACCGUCCCCCAGCCGUGAGGCGGGAUCUGAGCUCGAUGAAGGACCCUCUGGCCCCGGUAACCGCUAGGGAUGCCCGCGAUGUACGGCGCGCCGGGGCCGCUGCCGCGGUUGCGAGGGCCAUGGCACUGGAGGUGGGAGUUCUCGAGCCAGAUGAUGACUUGCAACCGAAAAUCGUGGUCGGUUCUACAGCUCUCGUUGCCGAUACGGAUAUUCUCGAAGUGGACCCCAAAAUGUGCAUUCCUCAGCCAGCAGCGCCAUCGGCUUAG